AGACGAUGGUGAUGAAGCGGUGUCCGUGCACUCGGAGGUGGCGGCGCCGUGAGAGCACGGGGGCGCGUUCGUGCGCGCGCGACGGCACGAGAUCUGCCGUUCGCGACCUGUGCGCCCCAAAAAAGGAGCCGUCUCUUCCGCCGCCUUCGAAAUGCCCAUCCUUUACACCGACGGCAGCAACAGCGCAGACGCCGGAGUCGCCACCUCCUCCGCCGCAUCCACAUCUCAGCAGCGGGAUGACAGAUCGGACAAGAAGCGCCGCAAGAAGAGCGCCAUCGGCCGCUUCGGCAGGGCAGUGGUCAAGUCCUUCAAGAGCAGCGACAAGAACUGCUCGCGCCACAAGGACGUCGAACUUGCCAACGAGAAGCUCCGGCAGAUCAACCGCGCCGACCAGCUCCGGAAGACAACGAGGACCACCAACGCCUACACGAAACGAUCCGCACCGACACUCGGCGAGCAGAACCACCACGAUCUCGCAGGCAGACUGGGAGAUGGGAUGAAAACCAGUUCAGAGACCUCCAAAGACGUUCUGAGGUACCACGACGUGUCACCAGUGGCUACAAGACACCCGCACGGCAUCACUAUGGUGCCUGGCGUCAGAACGCGAACGUAUACCGAGGCCAAGAGUCUACAGGAGGAGGCGGGCAGCCCCGGCACGCGCACGGAACACAGCGAGACGACACGUGUCAACGUGGCCGCGCUUCGGCAAGAAGUAGAAGAGUCGUUCGCCGUCAUAGAGGCCGAGAGCCCCGUCCCGUCAUCAUCGAUGUCCACGGCUAACCUCAGUGUUUCUGCAGAGGACCUGGCGUCGUUGAACACUCAGCAGCUGCCGCCAUCGACCGGGCCUGCGGUGCUGGAGUGCGGCCAGAUGCAGGAGAUCAAGAUCCACAAGUCCGCGGGCGGGGACGACUGCAUUCAUCAGCGGUCGGUCAGCAAGAACACCACGUUGUCUGACCUCAGGACGGCAAGCGUUGCGGCGGCUGCCAGUGCAGAGUUCUGCGCUCAAGUGGCGCGGCAGCUCAAGGAUGUCUCGGUGCAGACAGACAUGACACUGAUGUCAGACGUUGCGCCCGAGCAGCAGCGAAAGAACUCGCGCCUCUGGGAGGCGCUGCGGAACUUCUUCAACGCGCUCCGAGACUUCUUCCUGUGCGCCGCGCUCGCUCACAAGGAAGCCGCCGCAUCCGACUGACCCUGCCACCCUCAUCGUCUGUGUUGACGUUUGCGUGCCCUCUUAACACGGAGAAAAAGAGAGGAGCACUCGUCCGCUGUUGUGCCUGCCACUUUCCGCGUGGUCGCCGCCAUACUCUCUCGGCUUCUCUGCUCCAUCAUCCCGCACACGAAGGUUGCAUCAGGAGCACGGCCAGUCGCGCGUCCUGUUAGAAGGUGCCACCGAAAGAAGUGUCGAAGUUGGACGAGAUGAAAGAUGAGUGAAAAAAAAAAGACCAUGUGCUUGUACCGGUGGGACGAUCACCGCCAACUUC